AUGGUAGCUUGGAUGGUUGUCCUUGACAGGUUGCCUACUAGGAGCAGAUUGAUCUCUUUUGGCUUGAAUGUGGAAUCUUUGUGUUUGUUGUGCAACAGGGGGGAGGAAACAAGGGGUCAUCUCUUUUUCCAGUGUGAGUUUUCAAGUCGCUUGUGGUUUGUUUCUUUGAGUGCUUGUGGCUUUCGUAGGUCUGUCUUGAUUUGGGGUCUGGAAUUGGAUUGGAUGUGUUGCAUGACGAGAGGAUGUUCCUUGCCUGCUUUGGUUUUGAGGCUUGCUUGGAAUGAUUGCAUUUAUAUGCUCUGGAGGGAAAGAAAUGAGAGGGUUUUUGGUCGGGCUAAGUCCUCUGUGGAAGAGGUUUUUAAGCGUUUUCAGGAGAUUGUUAGGCUAAAACUCAGUGGUAGAGUCAAGCAACGGCAGUUGCUUAGGCAUAGUGCUCUUUGUGAAAGCUGGGAUUUACUUGUAUAG